UAAAAUAAAAUAGAAAUGGUGACAUCAAAGAAUCUUGUUACAUUAUUUUUCGUUUGUAUCGUUAUGAUUUCUUCAUGUGUUUACGUCUCCAUGGCUGACGGAGAAAGUAGUAACGCAGAAAAAGUGGAAAAAGCAUAUAAAUCUGCUUCAACGGACUACAUAACUUGUUAUAAUGAUUGUCAAAAGGAUUGCUCAGGUGGAUACACUCAUUGUGAGAUGAAGUGUGAUGAAGAUUGCACAGCUAAAUUGUUCAAAGAAAGAAUUGAGAAAUUGAAAAUAUAGUGUGGCAGUGUGGGGACAGAACAAAACGAUGGCUUUUUUUUUUUUUAAUUUUUAAUUUCUACUAAUUAAUUAAGUGAUUUCUGAGAAUAUUGUAUUUGUAAUUUUUAAGAUCCAAUAAAAUCGUUAAUCUUCUUAAAA